AUGUUUGACCAAUUAGCAGUUUUUACACCUCAAGGCCAGGUACUUUACCAAUAUAAUUGCUCAGGAAAACGUUUUUCUAAGUCACAAAUUAAUUCCUUUAUAUCGCAACUGAUUACCUCUCCAGUAACUAAGAAAGAAAGUGUUGCAAAUGCAAAUACGGGCGGGUUCGAUCUCAACGUUUUGACAGUCAACGAUGAAAUUAAGAAUUCAAAUUCAUUCAACGCAAUGUUUUAUCUAAACAAGCAGCCAGAGAUAUAUUUUGUAGUAACUUUUGCGGAGCGGACUUUGGAACUGAAUCAAGAAGCUCAACAAACGUUAGCACUAGUGUUGAAGCUUUGGAAUUCACUUCACUUAAGUGAAUCCAUCCAGAAGAACAUUAAAGGCCAAAAUGAAAAAAAUAGACACAACUAUGUCGACGUCCUCCAAGGGCUUGAAGAAGACCUGAACAAAUUCGAUCAAUAUUUUGGGGUUAAAUACGAAGAGUCCAUAAAACAAGAGCAGGUUGAUUCAAAUGAGGGAGGCACGAAUGAAUUGGUAUCACAAUCUGGUAAUAAAAAUACAAAAAAGAAACUAAAGGACAUCAAAAGUAAGAAGCAAACUUUAGGAAAUGUUGGUAGUGGGAGAAAAUGGGGUCGUGAUGGUGGAAUGCUGGAUGAAAUGAACCACGCAGACGCUGCUAAGUUAGAUUUUUCUUCGUCUAACAGUUACAAUAGCAGCCAAGUUGCUCUUGAUGCCACUAUAAAUAAAGAUUCAUUUGGUAAUAGAACAGAAGGCGGUGAUUUCCUGAUCAAAGAAAUCGAUGACCUUUUAUCUUCUCAUAAAGACGAAGUUAUAAGCGAAAAUGAAUCAAAAAAUAAUGGCUAUAUGAACACAGCUUUUGGAUUUUUGCAAAAACACGUCUUAGGUAAUAAAACCAUUAAUGAUAAUGAUUUGAAAUCUGUAUUAGACAAAUUGAAACAACAAUUAAUAACCAAAAAUGUGGCUCCAGAAGCGGCAGAUUAUUUAACCCAACAAGUCUCUCGCGAUCUCGUAGGCUCAAAAACUGCGAAUUGGACCAGUGUCGAAAUCACAGCUCGUGAAUCCUUAACGAAAGCAUUAACUCAGAUAUUAACGCCCGGUGUGUCUGUCGAUCUUUUACGUGAAAUACAAAGCAAAAGAAGCGAAGUAGAUGCUGACGGAAAAUGUAAUCCAUACGUAUUCUCCGUAGUGGGUGUUAAUGGUGUUGGUAAGUCAACCAACCUUUCGAAACUAGCGUUCUGGCUACUGCAAAAUAACUUCAAGGUCCUAAUUGUUGCCUGUGACACGUUCAGAUCUGGUGCAGUCGAACAACUUAGAGUUCACGUUGAAAAUUUAGCACAACUCAUGGACGAUUCACAUGUGCGUGGCUCUAAAAACAAAAGGGGUAAAAGUGGCAAUGAUUAUGUUGAAUUAUUUGAAGCUGGUUAUGGUGGCUCUGACUUAGUGACUAAAAUCGCUAAACAGGCCAUCAAAUAUGCCCACGAUCAAAGCUUUGAUAUAGUGUUAAUGGAUACUGCCGGAAGAAGACAUAAUGAUCCUACGUUAAUGUCGCCAUUGAAAUCGUUUGCUGACCAGGCUAAACCAGAUAAAAUUAUUAUGGUUGGGGAAGCUUUAGUAGGUACAGAUUCCGUCCAACAAGCCAAGAAUUUCAACAAUGCCUUUGGGAAGGGGAGAAACCUUGAUUUUUUCAUCAUUUCCAAGUGUGACACAGUUGGUGAAAUGUUAGGUACUAUGGUGAAUAUGGUUUAUGCAACAGGAAUUCCCAUAUUGUUUGUUGGGGUGGGACAAACUUAUACCGACUUGAGAACAUUAAGUGUAAAAUGGGCCGUUAACACCCUUAUGUCUUGA